AUGAAUCGACCAAUCCAGGUGAAACCAGCUGACAGUGAAGGCCGAGGAGAGGACAGGAAGUUGUUUGUGGGCAUGCUGGGAAAACAACAGAGUGAUGAGGAUGUCAGAAGGCUGUUUGAGCCCUUUGGCAGCAUAGAUGAAUGCACGGUUUUGAGAGGACCAGAUGGCACAAGCAAAGGGUGCGCUUUUGUGAAAUUCCAAGGACAUACUGAGGCUCAAGCUGCCAUCAAUAGCUUGCAUGGGAGCCGCACAAUGCCUGGGGCAUCAUCAAGUCUGGUGGUGAAGUUUGCUGACACAGAGAAGGAGCGGGGGCUGAGGAGGAUGCAGCAGGUGGCCUCCCAGCUCGGCAUCUUCAGCCCCAUGACCCUCAAUUUCCCUGCCUACAAUGCCUACACACAAGCGGUCAACGCACAGGCAAGCACAAACACAAAUGCUCUUGUCCAACAGCAAGCCCUGGUUGCCCAGUCAGCGUACUUGUCUCCUGUGGCAACAGUUGCUGCUGUACAGAUGCAGCAGAUGGCGGCACUCAAUGCCAACGGAAUCAUCGCCACACCCAUUACACCAAUCACGCCGUCCUCGGGUACAAAUACCCCACCAGCAAUUGCAGCUACACCUGUGCCAGCUCUCCCUCCACCAAUAGGAGUGAAUGGUUACAGCAACGUGCCAGCUCCCACCAGUGGACAGCAGACUGAAACACUGUACACUAAUGGCGUUCACCCAUAUCAAGCCCAGAGUCCAGCAGCAGCGCUGGAUCCACUACAACAAGCUUACGCAGGCAUGCAACACUACACAGGUUGUCGCUGCAACUCUCUGUUUCUUCCAAUAGCGGCGUAUCCUGCUGCCUACGGAUUGGUUGGCCAGCCAUUUCCACAGCAGCCAACGCUGGUUGCCCAGCAACACCAACAGCCCCAGCAACAGCAGCAAAGAGAAGGUCCGGAGGGGUGUAACAUCUUCAUCUACCACCUGCCUCAGGAGUUCAGUGAUUCCGAGAUGCUGCAGAUGUUCCUGCCCUUUGGCAAUGUCAUAUCCGCUAAGGUGUUUGUGGACCGUGCUACUAAUCAAAGCAAAUGCUUCGGGUUUGUGAGCUUUGACAACCCAGCCAGUGCUCAGGCCGCCAUCCAGGCCAUGAAUGGUUUCCAGAUCGGCAUGAAAAGACUUAAAGUGCAGCUCAAAAGGCCCAAAGAUGCCAACCGCCCAUACUGAGUGAGAACUGAGAGAGGGAAGAGCAAAUAUUUAGAGGUGAGGUGGUGAUGAGGAGGCAUUGAGUGCCACACCAUAAAAAGAAUUGAGGUGUAUUGAUAUAUUGGGGAAGCAGGUGGAUAAAAAUGGCUUAUUGACAGAAGGUGGACAAAAUAACUUAACACUUGAAAGUUCAGUGCUAACAGAGGGUAAAAAGUUAACAUCACAAACUUGACUUGCAGUGAAAAUGCAUUGGGUUACUCAUGGAAACAACUUAAUCAUCUCAGGCAAAGUGAAAAUACUAAAAUAUUGUUUUCCUUUUUAUUUUCUUUCACACUCUUAUUUUCUGUUCUCCUGCUGUUUUGAUCUUUUUUCCUGAAACGGGAACUUACCUCACCCAAGAUCCUUCCGUCCAAUCAUAAUUCACGAGGACCCCAUCGCUAUGGCAAAGGUUGCCUAGUGACCGAUAAAGCCCUGAUCCCCCCUACCUCUCGCAUUGUUGUAAGUUCAUUGGUUGGCCUGUGUUUGGGUUGCUGUGGCGAUUGAUUGCCUGUGUUGGUUGCCUUUGGCAAUUUUUGUUCUGUCACCUCGAGCAACCAGCCAUGCGUUGACCUGCAUGUCCUGUUGCUGUAGUGAUCACAGACUGUGUUUGGUGCAUUGUGACUUUAUUUUGUAUUGACCUGUGCACAUACUGAUCAAUAACUAUCAAUAGCCGGGACUGCUCUCUGAAUAAAAUGAUUGGAUUGGAUAUUUGAUACACUUAAUCACUACAUAGUAAUUUGAUCAAUUCUGUAGCAAUGCUCGUUAUUUUUUGGAAGCUUUGUUUUUGAUCAGUUUCUGUAGUGUUCUGUUUGGUGUCAUUAUUAUUUGAACAAAUGGUUUGGGCAAAAUAGUGAGCGUGGACAUCUAUGUGUGCGUAUGUGUCUGUGUUACACCGCCAGGGUGUAAUACAGGACAGAAUAAUCCUCGUUGUAUUGGUGUCUGUAUCGAAAAAGGGUCCAGAGGUUGAUAUUGUUGACUGGUUGAGAAAUUUAGAGCAGCAGUGCAGAAAUCAUGAAAUCCCUCUGCUGGUCAAACUGAUAGUUUAUGUUAUGCAAUAUGCAAUGACAGGGCAUGAUGGAAAGAGGACAUGACAUGUUUACAAGUAUCUAAGUAUACAUGACAAUAUGGUCACAACCUGAUUUAAGGCAUGGGAGAGGAGCCAGAUGAGGUUAUCUAAUCUUACCGACAAAAGCUCUCUUUAUUUAUUGGUGAGCAUGCAUUCUGUUGAGCUGUACUCUGAUAGGCAGAGUUCAUAAUCCCGGACUGUGAUUUGUUUUUAAUUUUCACUGUGAUGUGGCACUUUAGUUUUUGGCUCCUUCAUUUUCUCUCUUGGUCUUCCUUCCAUUUUCUAUCACUGCUUUUGUGGAAUUUCCUCUUCCCCUCCUUUACCACCUCUUCCGAACUUCUCCCGCCAUCUCCUCAUCCUCUUCUCUCUCCCCCUUUCUUGCUUUCAAAAGGUUUAUCUGCUUCUCUCAUCCCAACCUCCCUUUCUCCCCUCUUCUAGCUCGUCUUUUAAGGUAAAGUGUAUAAGGUUGUCAUGGUGGAAAAACAAGUGCCUCUUGCUUAUUGGAGAACAGCCUUCAACUAUAGGAAUUCUGGGAGAAAAGAACAGACAGAACAUAGGAUGCCUUCAGUGGGAAGUGACUUUAACCGUUCAACAAACCCUCACUUUUUACAAAAGAGGAGGAAAAGUGAAGCUGCUGUCAGGUCAGUGUGUGGAGGCACCAUCAAAUGGCAGCGUGCAUCAUAAAUAAAGCAUUCUGCUUCUAUUUCCAGAAACCUUUACAUAAGGAGUCCUCGUGGAUAUAAAAGCCACAUAAUGGGCCAAUAACAGAACUUUCUGAACCCUUAAAACCUGCGGUCCUGACGUUAUUAAGGUUCAACUGUCACCCAGAAUUUCUAUACUGCAAAUGCCAGAGAGUGAUGCAUGUUGGUAGUAGUGUUUGCUUGCCAUGAUUCGAGGCACAUGAGUGCAUCACAUGCUCAUUUGGACACACAUAAACACAUCUGCCGAAAGCUCUAUAGACACACACACACACACACACACACACACACAUGCUUAUAACCCGACACACACUUCAAGUUGCACAAGGACACACAGAGAUGAUUUUCACUGUAUUGAGCUGCAUGAUUCAGACACUGUGUGUGUAUGUGUCAAAGCACCAUGAUUUACCGCUGUGGAAAAGAGCUUACCAACCUGUGAAUGAUGCCUUCAAACUGUAACAAAGGAAAGCUAGGAGCGUCUGAGGGUACAGUGCGAUGCAGGAAAGGUGACAGUAGCUCCAGACAUGCCAGGAGACAUCUUGUUUGUUGGGAGGGGCAUGUUUGACCAAAUCUGAGCAUCAGACACCCACACAGUGCUACAGUGCUUUUAUCAUUCUAACAGCCCGUCUCUCCCUCUCUGUCCCCCCCUCCUUGUUCAUGUGUCACUACCUCUACCCUCCAACUCUCCCUCUUCUCACAGGUGACCUCUCAGAGUCCAGCUGAGGUGGAAUCCCAGGGUUCAUUGUGCUUUCAAACUGUCUGCUACCUGUGAGCGUCUGCGGAGAGCUGCCACACACACACUGAGAAACAUGCACUUGCAAAAAUGAACCUCAAAUGGUACAAGACCGAAAUGUACAUAAAGUGCACAAACAGACACAUGCCUGCUGACACGCACACAUACAUACACACGUUUCACACAUGUAACUUACCUAUAAAGAGGAGGGCUUGGUUUGACCCGUCUGUGUGGAACAAGGUGAUUAGUCCAGCAAAGACAGCUCAGACCACAUCUGCGGGGAGGCUACUGAUCAAACUGCUGAUAUAUCACUUCAGUAGACUUUAACAUGUCUAUACCAUGUCUAUUACAUGACGAAUAUAAAGGGACCGAUGUUUCAUAUUAAAAAAAAAAAAAAAAGAAAACACAAAAAGACAACUAAAUGAGUAGGUUAGAGAGACUUUGGAGAAGUAAAGACCUGUAUAUAGUUUAGUUUACAAAGAGCAGCAUUUAAAAAACAAGAAAAAAUGCAAAAAGAAGACUACUUUAGAUAAAACACUGAAGAGGACACUGCGACAUAACUAUUAUUAUUAUUAUUACUAUUAUUAUUACCACUAGUGACAUCAUCAUCUCCAUAAAAGGAUAUUACAUUCCAAAUUGUAAAAUGGGAAAUCACAAACCUAUUUUAAAUUUCUAGUUAGAUUUUAGGUGGAACACCGGGGAGGGGAGGGAUUGCACUUAUAUUUGGGAGGUUUUAAUAUUUAAACUAUUUUUUAUUUAUUUACUAAUUUAACAAUUAUUUUGUUUAUUGGGAGAAACGGCUUGUGUGGGAGGCAAUAUUUUGAGUGUAGAAUUUUCUAGAGAAAAACUUUUGAGGGCCUGUUUCUGUCAGACUCUUGCAAUCAAGUAAUUAUAAUGUAUCUAUUAAUUAUUACAGCAAUUAUAUUUAUUUCUAAUUUAUUGAAUAAUGUUUUUUGAUCCACUCUCUUUUUAAGCUUAAAUAAAAGGU